GUUUGUUGUGUCCGCUUUUUAUACAGUCUAUGGACCGCACCGCAUGUCAUUAUUAUCAUCUUCUUCUUCUUCCUCAUUAUCAUCGCCCUUAUGAGCGAUAUUUCCCGACGGAACUCAUCCGCGGCGGGGUCGAGCUGAUCGCGAACAUUUAUUCAAUGCUUUCCGCCUGAAAGAGCCGCUGUUGGAGCCCUGUGCGGGACAGAAAGACGAGUGAAAGGUCGUGAAGUGCUGUGAAUCUGAAAAUGGCCGUGUGGCAGCAGUUUGGAUUGCUUCUGUGGAAGAACUAUAUUCAGCAAAAGCGUCAGAUCCUGGUCACUCUGGUGGAGAUCGCUCUGCCGCUGCUCUUCUCAGCCAUCCUGAUCGUCCUGCGACAGAAUGUGUCCUUCAUCAACUACCCCAAUGCCACGCACUACCACAGCUUCGCUCUGAGCGACCUGCCGUUCUCUCUGUGCUUCCAGGACCUGCAGCUGGCCUACGUGCCUGCAAACGCCAGCGUGGUGCGGCAGAUCACAGAGGACGUGCAGCAGAGCCUGCAGGAAUGCAUCAGAACCGUGCGUGGCUUUGAAACAGAGGAGCAGUUUGAGGAGUUUGUGAAAACUGACCCAGAGUCAGGCAAGAUCUUGGCAGCCAUUGUGUUUGAGCACCAAUUCACACACGACGACGAGCCGCUUCCUCUGCAGGUCAGCUAUCAUCUGCGCUUCACGUACAGCCCCAGAAACGCUCCGCCGCGCGAGAAGUCUGAGCUCAACCCCAACAGUGAUCUGGACUGGCACACGCUCAGUCUGUUCCCGCUGAUCCAGCUGCCCGGGCCCAGAGAACAACACGAGCCAGACGGGGGCACGCCAGGAUAUUACCGCGAGGGCUUCCUGCAGGUGCAGCAUGCGGUGGACCGGGCCAUCAUGAAGGCCUACAACAGCACGGCGGCGGCGGCCCUCCUCAAGCGAGCCCAAGUGCUGCUGUCCCGCUUCCCUUACCCAGCGUUCAUCUACGACGUCUUCAUCCUGGCCAUCCAGAACCAGCUGCCGCUGCUGCUGGUGCUCAGCUUCACCUACUCCUCUCUGAAUAUCGUCCGCGCUGUGGUGCAGGAGAAGGAGAGGAAACUGAAGGAGUACAUGCGCAUGAUGGGUCUCAGUAACUGGUUGCACUGGAGCGCCUGGUUCCUCAUGUUUUUCCUCUUCCUCUCCAUCUCCAUAUUCUUUGUUACCGUACUUAUCUGCCUCAAGGUGAGUCCUAACGGAGCGGUGUUGACCUACAGCGACCCCACGCUGGUGUUUAUCUUCCUGCUGGUGUUUGCCGUGUCCACCAUUAACUUCAGCUUCAUGAUCAGCGCCUUCUUCUCCAGAGCGAAUGUGGCCGCAGCAGCGGGCGGCUUCAUCUACUUCCUGAGCUACCUGCCGUACGUCUUCCUGUGGCCUCGCUAUGACCUGCUGUCGCACGCCCAGAAAGUCUCCGCCUGCCUCAUCUCCAAUGUGGCCAUGGCCAUGGGAGCCCAGCUGAUCGGCAUGUUCGAGAGCAAAGGGACGGGCAUCCAGUGGCAUAACCUGUUCGAGCCGGUGACGGUGGACGAUGACUUCUCUCUGGCUCAAGUGCUGGGUCUGCUGCUGGUGGACUCGGUGCUGUACGGUCUGGUUGCCUGGUACAUGGAAGCUGUGUUUCCGGGAGAAUAUGGAGUCCCUCGUCCAUGGUACUUCUUCAUUCUGCCCUCAUACUGGUGCAGCAGCCCUCGUGUGGCCCUACUGAAGGAGAAGGAGGAAGAGGAGGAGGCCGAGAAGGUGUCGAAGGGCGAAUUCAUUGAAGCGGAGCCAGCUGGACUGGUCUCAGGGGUCAAGAUCAAACAUUUGGCAAAGGUGUUCAAAGUGGGAAAUAAGACCAAGGAGGCAGUGAGGGAUUUAACGCUCAACAUGUUCGAAGGCCAGAUCACUGUCCUGCUGGGUCACAACGGAGCGGGAAAGACCACCACACUAUCAAUGCUGACAGGCCUUUUCCCACCCAGCAGCGGCCGUGCGUACAUUAACGGUUACGACAUAUGUCAGGACAUGGCUCUGAUCCGCCGCAGCCUGGGUCUGUGUCCGCAGCACGACGUGCUCUUCGACAACCUCACCGUCCGAGAGCACCUGCUCUUCUACACACAGCUGAAGGGUUAUCCUCGCAAAAAGAUCCCUGAUGAGGUGGACCGCAUCCUUCGGAUCCUGAAUUUGGAGGAUAAGCGUCAUGCGCGAUCCAAAACCCUCUCUGGCGGGAUGAAGAGGAAGCUUUCCAUCGGCAUUGCUUUAAUUGGAGACUCAAAGGUGGUGAUGCUGGACGAACCCACCUCAGGAAUGGACCCCUCAGCCCGCCGGGCCACCUGGGACCUGCUGCAGGGCGAGAAGCGCGGCCGCACCAUCCUGCUCACCACGCACUUCAUGGACGAGGCCGACCUGCUGGGAGAUCGGAUCGCCAUUAUGGCCAGCGGAGAGCUCCAGUGCUGCGGCUCGUCUCUCUUCCUCAAGAACAAAUACGGUGCUGGUUACCACAUGGUUAUAGUAAAGGACGCGUUUUGUAACGUGUCUGAGAUCACCCGUCUAGUGCACAUGUAUGUGCCUGAUGCCACUCUAGAGAGCAGUGCAGGCGCUGAACUCUCCUACAUACUGCCCAAAGAGAGCACCAGCCGGUUUGAGCUGCUGUUUGCUGAGCUGGAGAUGAAUCGAGACGAGUUGGGCAUCGCCAGCUAUGGGGCGUCCGUUACCACUAUGGAGGAGGUUUUUCUCAGGGUCGGGAAGCUGGUGGACUCCAGUCUGGAUAUUCAGGCCAUCCAGCUUCCGGCUCUGCAGUAUCAGCAUGAGCGGCGGUCACAUGACUGGACCAUGGACGACUCCAGCAGCAUCAGCGGCAUGACGGACGUGACGGAUUUCACUGACAGCGGCACUAUGAUCUCAGAGGAUGGCUCCAACAUCAAACUCAACAUUGGGGCCAGGCUCUAUAUGCAGCAGUUCUAUGCUAUGUUCCUGAAGAGGGCGCUCUACAGCUGGCGCAACUGGAAAGUGAUGGUGGCUCAGUUUCUGGUGCCGCUCAUUUUCACAGUGUUGGCUCUUGUAGUGGCCCACACCCUCCCUGGAAGCCAAAUCACGUCUCUGCUCCGUCUGCUGCUAAAACAAUAUGGCCCUACUCACGUACCCGUGGCUGUAGAUGUCAAUGCUGGGCCGCUGGCUACAGCUCUGGCUGAGAUCUACACAGCACAGCUGCCUUCCCAGAAUGCCAUUGCUGCCACUAAUAUAACAGAUUUGUCAGAGUACGUGCUAUAUAAUGCCAUGAGGGAGGGCGGAGCUUUCAAUGAGCACUGCGUGGUGGGCGCGACCUUCAGGAGCCGAUCCAGGAAGAACACUGAGGUCAUCGGCUACUUCAACAACCAGGGCUAUCACACCCCCGCUACGGCACUCAUGCUGGUUGACAAUGCUCUCUACAAACUACUAGCUGGACCCGAUGCCUCAAUCCAAACUGGAAAUUACCCCAUGCCACGCAACAUGUCCGAGACGGCCCAGAGCCAGCUUUCUGAGGGCCAGACAGGCUUUGUCAUCGCCAUAAACCUCAUGUUCGGCAUGGCAUCAUUAGCCAGCACCUUCGCCCUGCUCCUCGUCUCUGAGCGAUCGGUGAAGUCCAAACAUGUGCAGCAAGUCAGCGGGGUCUACCUCUCCAACUUCUGGUUUUCCGCCCUGCUGUGGGACCUCGUCAACUUCCUGUUGCCCUGCCUGCUCAUGCUGGUGGUCUUCCGAGUGUUUUCAGUGAAAGCAUUUGUGGCCGAGAACCACCUGGUGGACGUUCUGCUUUUGCUGCUUCUGUAUGGCUGGGCGGUGAUUCCCCUCAUGUACCUGCUCAGCUUCCUGUUUUCCACGGCUGCCACCGCCUACACGCGCCUCACCAUCUUCAACAUCCUCAGCGGCACAGCCACCUUCCUCGCGGUCACCAUCAUGACCAUACCUGAGCUAAAGCUAGUAGACAUGUCUCACCUCCUGGAUAAGAUCUUCCUGAUCUUCCCAAAUUACUGCUUGGGCAUGUCCUUCAGCGAGUUCUACCAGAACUACGAGAUCAUCACCUUCUGCACCUCCAGCACCUUUGCCGAGAUAAUUUGCAAGUACAAAAAUAUCACGUAUCAAGUGAACUACUUUUCCAUGGAUGAGCCCGGAGUGGGCCGCUUCCUGGUGGCCAUGUCCAUACAAGGUGUUGUCUUCAUCAUCCUGCUUUUCCUCAUCGAGCUCCGGUGCGUCCACAUACUACUCAACCUCUGCAGGAGACGCAAGAAGGUUUUGCUGUUGGCAGAAGAAGCUCUCCAGCCUGAGGACAGAGAUGUUGCGGAGGAGAGGAAGAGAGUUUUGGAGUGCCAGCCGGUGGUUGAGUCAAUGGUGGGCAGCCCGCUUAUCCUACAGGAGCUCAGCAAGGUAUAUUCAGGCUGGCAGUCGCUGUUAGCGGUGGACCGUUUGUCUUUGGCCAUUGGGAAAGGCGAGUGCUUUGGUUUACUGGGAUUUAACGGAGCAGGGAAGACUACGACAUUCAAAAUGCUGACAGGAGAUGAAAGCAUAACUUCAGGAGAUGCCUUUAUUGACGGCUACAGUAUCCUCCAGGAUGUGAAAAAGGUGCAGCAGAGAAUUGGCUACUGUCCCCAGUUUGAUGCGGUGCUAGAUCACAUGACAGGGCGGGAAACCCUGAGCAUGUAUGCCAGACUGAGGGGCAUCCCAGAGAAAUAUGUCACAGCCUGUGUAGAAAAUGUCCUGCGUUCCCUGCUGCUCGAACCUCACGCUGACAAACUUGUCCGCAGCUUCAGUGGCGGCAAUAAGAGGAAGUUGAGUGCAGGCAUGGCUCUGAUCGGUGGGCCGCCCGUGAUCUUCCUGGACGAGCCGUCCACUGGCAUGGAUCCUGUGGCCAGACGGCUGCUGUGGGAUGCAAUUACACGCACCAGAGAGUCUGGCAAAGCCGUCAUCAUAACCUCACACAGUAUGGAGGAGUGUGAGGCGCUGUGCACCCGGCUGGCUGUCAUGGUGAACGGCCAGUUCAAAUGUCUGGGCAGCCCACAGCACCUGAAGAGCAAGUUUGGGAGCGGAUACACACUGCUGGCGAAGGUCCGCGUGGAGACGGAGUUAGAGGAGAUGGACCUUCAGCUCUUCAAAGUCUUCAUUGAAAGCACCUUCCCAGGAAGUUUACUGAAGGAUGAACACCAGGGGAUGGUCCACUAUCACCUGACUGACAAAACUCUCACCUGGGCACAGGUUUUUGGUGUUCUAGAAACAGCCAAAGAGAAGUACAGCAUCGAGGACUACUGCGUCAGCCAGAUCUCACUGGAGCAGGUGUUCCUCAGCUUCGCCCAGUUCCAGCACUGCGCCGAGGCCUGCAGGGAAUGACAUGCUCAAGCACUAAAGGAGCGGAGCUCCUCGAUCUGACCUUUACCUGAUGAGUAGGAGGUACAGCAUGGGCCGACUGACUCUCCAUCAGACCACUGGACAUUGCUCAGGUGUCUCUCUUCACAUACACAUCUCUGACAUGAUCAUACGUACGUAACGCACACUUCCAGAUUCAAAAUUGCGUCGCACGGAGACAGGACCACUAACCCGAGGUCUCCGCCAGUAGGGUGUUUAUUUCAAGUCUGUGUGUGCGUUUGCGAGCAGUUUGAGUUUCAGCGGGACGUUCGUCACACCAUCGGAAACAACUUUUGAAUUAUAAUCGGUUGAUCUAAGCACCGAAAAGAAAGGAGGUUUGUUCAUCAUCUGUAAGCUCUAAGAUUGCUGUUUUAUUUAUAAAAGUCUUUUUUUUGUUUGUUUCUCCUCACCUGGUAUCUGCUGUGGUCUCAAUGCUGAAGGUACAUGCGCUUCGCCCCUUUCCUGAUAGCAUAUGCAAAAUAAGGCCAGAAAUAUAGGAAAAUGCGAUGUCCAAAAACAUGAUUUUAAAGCCGCUUCUUUGGGAUUUGCAAUGUUGUAGAAUAUAACAUUUACAAGAAAAGUUGCUGAAUAUGAAUGUAAACAUUUUAUAGAAUAGCUUUAGGUCAUUUAUAGAAUUUAUACAAUAGAUUUAUUCGCAUUAUCUAGGCAUUUAUAGUCAGCUAUUUGAUAGAAAUCUAAUGCAUCUUCCAAAAAAGGAAAUCGUUCCAAGUAAUACAAUUCUUUCUUAUGUACGUCAGAAUAAAAGUCACUUUAAAUUUUUUUCCGCUGCUAAAAAAAUCCCAUAAAAAAUAUUCCUUAAUUUUUUUUCAAUGAGACCACUGAUGUUUUAAUGCUAUUCCCUCCACGUUUCCAGUUAUAAUUUUUACCAGUGUGACAUUUCUUCUCCAGAUUGAUGGAGGAUUUUUGGGGCUUUGUAUAAUUUCGCUGGUGACCACUAGAGGACGUACAGUGCACUUUUUUUUUUUUUACAUCUGCCUCAAACUGAAUGUGUCUUUAGAUACACUAAAUCGCCACUUGUGUGAUUCUGUCACAGAGCAAAAACCACAAGCUUUUGUUUUUCGUUAUGUUAUCUUGCACUACUGAUGUGGACCAAUUCAUGCAACUUCACAAAAUCCAUAAAAGAGCUCACAGAAACAUGAAGUAUCGCAAUUCUGGAGGGUUUAACGUACGAUUAGUUGUCUGUAAAAUCAGUUUUUUCCAUUGAAUGUUUUUAAGAUCUUGUAAUUCAUGUUGAUGAGGCUCAGUGACUCUCAGGUCAUGCUGCUAAUCUCAUUUCUACAUUGUUGAUGCGUGUCUUUGUUGAACAUGAUUCUACAUCAUUACGACGAUUGAAACGAAAGCAGCAUGGCUUCCCUUCAUGACCGUACUGACAUCACUUUGGCCACGUUUCCGUCCACGUUCAUGCGAACUGAAUGUACUUUCGUAGUGAAGGAAGAAAACGCGGGCUCAAUCGAACACACUUGACGUACUGUAGAUAAACAGGGCUUGACGGUGACUGACCACACAUUGUUUCUUUUCUACGUUUUUGUCGUUGAUUGGUCUGUUUUGCACAGUGCUCUGGCUGUCGUGUCUGAACUGCUUGUUUGAAAUAUUGCAUUUUGAGAAUCGAGAAGGCAAACUCGGGAAUGUUAAUGAUGACAAUGUUGGUUUAAAAUGGUCAAAUGUAUACCAUAAUGCAAAAAGGGAAUUUACAUUGUAAUCUUGUGUACUGUAUUACUAAAUGAACCUUGUGAGAAAUGUAAGUAUUGCCAUUUCCUUUUUUAUUAAAUCUGCCU